GUCUCCUGCCGAGGGCCGCUCGGAAGAGGGCGGGGCCUACCCGCAUCAGGACCAGUCUGGCUGCACCUGCAUCCUUCCGCUCAGAGCAUCCCCGGAGCAUCUUAGGAGGCGGCCGCAGCUGGCAGUCAGGGGCCCGACCGUCGCAGGAGGUGUCCGCCAGACACCUUCCCCCUCCCCUGAGCUGGCCCUCUACAGCGGCGGCCUCGGUGCUGACCGGGCGCCCCCAGACUCGUCUGAUCCCUGAAAAAGCAUACAUAGCAAUAGCCUCUGAUUACGACAUGGCUGAGAUCACCAAUAUCCGACCUAGCUUUGAUGUGUCACCAGUGGUGGCUGGCCUUGUUGGGGCAUCUGUGCUGGUGGUGUGCGUGUCGGUGACCGUCUUUGUGUGGACAUGCUGCCACCAGCGGGCAGAGAAGAAGCACAAGACCCCACCAUAUAAGUUUAUCCAUAUGCUCAAAGGCAUCAGCAUAUAUCCAGAGACCCUCAGCAACAAGAAGAAAAUCAUCAAAGUGCGGAGAGACAAAGAUGGCGGUGGGAGGGAAGGUGGGCGCGGGAAUGUGCUGGUGGAUGCAGCAGAGGCUGGCCUGCUGGGCCCAGACAAAGGUCCUGGAGGACCUAGCUCUGGAUCUUGUAUAGACCAGUUACCCAUCAAGGUGGACUAUGGGGAAGAACUGAGGAGCCCCAUUGCGAGCCUUACCCCUGGGGAGAGCAAGACCACUUCUCCAUCAUCUCCAGAGGAGGAUGUCAUGCUCGGCUCUCUCACCUUCUCAGUGGACUACAACUUCCCGAAAAAAGCCCUGGUGGUGACAAUCCAGGAGGCCCAUGGGCUGCCAGUGAUGGAUGAGCAGACCCAGGGCUCUGACCCCUACAUCAAAAUGACCAUCCUUCCCGACAAGCGGCACCGGGUGAAGACUAGAGUGCUACGGAAGACCCUGGACCCUGUGUUCGACGAGACCUUCACCUUCUAUGGCAUCCCCUACAGCCAGCUGCAGGACCUGGUGCUGCACUUCCUUGUUCUCAGCUUCGACCGCUUCUCCCGGGACGAUGUCAUCGGGGAGGUGAUGGUGCCGUUGGCCGGCGUGGAUCCCAGCACAGGCAAGGCACAGCUGACCAGGGACAUCACCAAAAGGAACAUCCAGAAGUGCAUUAGCAGAGGGGAGCUCCAGGUGUCUCUGUCUUACCAGCCCGUGGCACAGAGACUGACCGUGGUGGUCCUCAAAGCCCGACACCUGCCGAAAAUGGACAUCACUGGCCUCUCAGAUCCUUAUGUCAAGGUGAACGUCUACUACGGCAGAAAGCGCAUUGCCAAGAAGAAAACCCAUGUGAAGAAGUGCACUUUGAACCCAGUCUUCAAUGAGUCUUUCGUCUAUGACAUCCCGCCAGACCUCCUGCCCGACGUGAGCAUCGAGUUUCUGGUCAUCGACUUCGAUCGCACCACCAAGAAUGAAGCAGUGGGGAGGCUGAUCCUGGGCGCACACAGCGUCACCAGCAGCGGCGCCGAGCACUGGCGGGAGGUCUGCGAGAGCCCCCGCAAGCCCGUGGCCAAGUGGCACAGUCUGAGCGAGUACUGAUCCUGCCCGUCCUCCCGGAGCCGAGCCCGAGGCAGACAAGGCAGGCGGAGGGAGAGAUGCCGGAGAGGAGUGGACUCAAAACCUCAUUUUAGUUGUAGAAGAUUUCUUACAAAACAAACCCCACAAAGAACACCCCACGUGACCACAGCUGCAGAUCAGUUCUUAGGGAGGAUGAUUUUUCUCCUUUGCAAGGCACUAGAAAUCCUUUUUUUUUUUUCAAUGGGGAAAAAGAGAGGGAAAGGCCUCACGAGUCUAUAUAUAACAAUGUAACCUUAUACUUGCAUGUCUAAUACAAACUGAAGAAAUUAGCCUAACUGCCAAUAUCAAGUUACAGAUUUUGAACCAUGAAAAUUGUGUUUUGUGCCGAAUUGUAUUUGCUGAUCACCUGAAAUUGGCCUCUUUUUACUAGGCUUCUCUAGAGAGUGACUCUCGCACCCCCUCUCCCCCCAGAAGGAUAUUUUACUCACAUGAAAGCUCAUGGUGUCCUCAUCCCUGUCUUGUCUCCCUCACGCCUCAGACAGCUCCUGGAGCUCAGGGUCCAGAGGUCAGUCGUGAGCCAAGAAACGAGGGUGGGGUGGAUAAGACAGGGUGUGCAGGGGAAAUAGGAUGUGGGAUGUGGAGUUUUUGCUGCCACACUGCUGCUGGGAGGCCUCGGGGGUGGCCUAGGGUUAACUCGAGAUGAAGCAUAUGACCACAGCGGACUUCAAGGUAGAAUUUGGGUUUACGAAACUAGAGAUCCUCUCUGGAGCGAGCUUCGGAGCCUUCAAAACUAGCUGGGGUGGCUCCAGUGGGCUCAAGCGGCAGGUCCCAGAUGCCAUUUGUGGGUGCAGGCAGGACAGUGUCCGCCACCCCCUCUCAGCGCCACCAGGAAGUGACAGCCAUUUGUUGGUUUGAAGGAUGAAAUUGGCAUUUUCCCAGAAAUGCUGACCAAUGAGAAGCUUUAGAGUUUUCUCAGGUAGCUUAGAUGAAAUUGGUUUUGCUUCACAAGGAAAAUGGCCAUCAGAAAUUAUUCUUUAUCCUUAAAUUUUUCCAUUAUGGCUCUUAAAACUGAGGAAGUGAGUGAAAUGAGUAAAUGUGAGUUAAUGAGCAACUGAGGUAACCUGGAUUCUUUUAUACCAUCCUGCCCCUCCUCACAGAGUGCUUAGUUCUUGGAUUUUGAGUUGAGUCAAGGGAAGGGAUGGGGAAGCACAGAGCUGCAUCCCUCUCCUGCCAGCCGGCAGCUGAGGUUGCCAGGGAGCCAGUGUCUUGCCAGGAUUAGAACUUAGGUCUCCAGCCUCCUGGUCAGCCAUGGCUCUAGCGUCAAGACCUGUCACAGGGCAGAGGCUGGUGGGCCGUCAGUGAGCUUGCACAGGAAGAUCUUUCCCCUGGCCUGCAGAACAGCUCAGAUGGGCAGCAGCUGGAAUCAGCCUGAAAGAGCAGGUCCACACCCAACGAGAGAGCAUCCCUUCUGACUCACUUCUGAGGAGGCUGGGAGUUCACAGACAGGGUGGCACUGCUGCCUGGGUCAUUCCCUUAGCUCUUGUGGAUUUGAAACCAGUCUGCUCCCCUGAAUCCUUUUGUUGUUCUUUUUAAAACCUGGAUUCCUGAAAGUGCUGAGCAGGCACGAAGCCCACUGUUCUUGUACCCUCCAGCUCCCCAUCCCCCGAUCUGACUCACAUCCCAUCAGUGUGCUCACACCACUGGCUCAAUCUUAUACUCCAUGGAAUGUAAAUACUGUAUCAUACGUAGAAGAAAAUAAUUUUUGUUUUCUAAAAAUGCAUUUUGAGAUAGUUUAAUGUAAAUCUGACAGGAGCAUUCUGAAGACCCAUUAGGAAAAAAACUUAAAUGCUUCCUCUUCAUCGCCUUAAUGUCUGAAGAUCAGAAAUCGCUGAGCAACUCACUUUUGUUUCCUUCCCAGAAACCAUGCAAAGCCACAGGUGGAGAGAGUCUGGCCUUGGCCUCGCUCAGUGAGCCUCUGCAGCUCCUCCUGCCUACUUCUGGGAAGGCAGCCUCACCCCACCCCUCUCUCCCCAUCUCCUGUAGCUUUCUUCCCCCGUUUCUUUGGGUCUGUGGAGCAGUGGGUGGCAAGGUGACAGGGUGGGAAGUUCCGGAGCCAAGAGGCAGACAGCACAGGGCUCCUCCCUCCUACCUCACGCCUGAUCCAUCACGCCCUCGGCUUGGCUGUCCCAAAGUUUCUUAGCUGCCUCUGGCUUUCAAACGUGUCCCUCCCAGAGGAGCAGCGCCUCCUCCAAAGAGUCAGUUGAAAGACAAGAGAGUCACACUCUCACUUUUGCACAAGGCACUCAUGGUCAGGAAGGGUUUAGGGGACGGUCACUUCGUAUUUUCCAAGAGUCAGGCCUUCUCUGCUGAUACCUUGAUUCCUUUGGGAAGACAAGAGUUUUUCUUAAUAACACAAGUCCCUUUAUGAGUUAUUCUUUCAGUUCUCAGUGGAGUACAGCCAAGAUGUAGGUGUUUAUGAACAUGCUCUAGAGAAGUAAGCAGAUAGAACUGGUUUGUGGGACAGGAGCGGCUUGCUCAGGAAGAGGGAAUGGUGCAAGUCUUUUAUUGGAAGGCUUUUAUUAUGGCCGUGAUAGUGACAUUGCCCUCACCAUGAUCCUUCUCCAAUGUGGUCGUCUUUCUUUACCUUGUGUCUUCUCUUGUAAAAAAUGAAACUCAAAAUAAAUGUGUCAAAUUUAAAAAAAAACUGGAAAAGCAAACGAAUUGUGUGAAACUGCAUAAUGCUGUAAUGCUAACCUACAAUAUGUAAUGCUAUCUUGUAUGUGGAGUUUGUUAAUGUACCACACAAGUGCAAAAUAAAGACUGACUCACAUUAAACACA